GCGAGGAGAGCGUAGUCGAGCGACCGUCCCGCUGUGGCCACGAGCUCCGACGCUCGGGGAACGUAGGUAGUGCGUGAACUUCCGGCCGAGUGAAACGGACAAGAGAGAAAGGGGGAAAGGAGUAGAGAGAAGGGCCAAUUCGAGAUUCCCUUGGAAGGUAGUAGAGUCCGCAACCGGAAUCCUCCUUCUGCCUGGCCGGUUGGGACACACAUAUAUAUAUAUAUAUAUACAUAUUAUAUAUAUAUAUAUAUAUUCGUCAUAUUCGAAAACGCGAGUGGGGCUCGGACGAUAAGAGGACGGCUCGAGGACUGGACGAGAUCGUUGUGGUGUUGUUGUUGUUGUUGUUGUUGUUGUCGUUGUGUUGUUGUUGCGCGAGUGCGUGAGAAGAAGAAGAAGAAGGAGGACACGGGGACGUGGUUGUGGGACGUGGACGUGGACGCGUGGACGUGAACGGGCGCGAAUCGAAUCGAAUCGAAUCUAGUGGAGGCAGGGGGGGAGAGAGAGAGAGAGGAGGAGGAGGAGAGAGCCGCGAGUGGAGUUACGCGACGAGGAGAGGAGGAGGAGGGAGGGAGGGAGGGAGGGAGGGAGAGAGAGAGAGUGUGUGCGGGUGUCGGUGAAAGGGUUUUCGUUCGGUCGCCGCUCGAUCGCCCUCGGAGACGCUGAGGGACGCGAGUGCGUUUGUUAUGCGUACCAGAGCGUGGUACUACGGUGGUGGCGGUUGACGGCGGCGGCGGCGGCGAACACGACGAGCAGAAGAAGGAGAAGCAGGACGACGAGGACGAGGACGAGGACGACGACAACGACGACGACAGGAAGGAGGAACAGGAACAGGAGCGACAGGAGCUUCAAAGGAGGACGUGGACGCGAACGAGGAGGCGGAGGAGGAGCUGGAGGAGGAGGAGGAGGUGGAAGAAGAGGAACAGGUGCGAGUAAGAGUGCGGGUGCGAAUUCGAGGAAGGAGGCAGCGGGAGGAGGAGGAGGAGGAGGAGAAGGAGGAGGAGGAGGAGGAUCAACCGAGGAUCGAGAGGAAUCAUCAUCCUCGUCGCGAGACCGAUCGAGAGUGCGUUCUGGUGUGUUGCCGCAGGGGAGGAGAGGAGGGAGACUCGAAAGGGAGGAAAGACGACGACGUCGGCGACGAGGUGGAAGAAGGAGAGGAAGAGAGGUGCUGGAGGAAGACGAGGAAGAAGAAAAGGAAGGUAGAAGUGGUCGGUUCCGUUUGUCUCGUCGUCUCGGGAUCGAGAGAGUUUAGAGUUUAGGAGAGAGGAAGAGGCAUUCCCCCCCUCUCUUCUCUCUCUCUCUCUCUCUCCCUCUCUCCAGUCUCUCCGCGAGUCUCUCCGAGUGAUCGUUUUUGCGCGAACGAGCGAUCAAGAGGAAGAGGAAACGAUAAGAAAACGGGAGUUACGCGUGCAUCGGGAAAUCGAGGAAGAGGAUAAAAUCGAGGAAGAGAAGGGAAAAGGAUAUCGAAGAGAGAGAGAGAAAGUGUGGUGCCUCAGCACGAAGAGGGAAUCGCCAGCAGGGCAGAGGCUCGAACGCAUGUAGGAACAUGGCCGCAACCAGCCCCUGCCUCCCUCUAGAGGUUGGCAGCGCAAGAGGCGGCACAAAGGGACCCUGGAUACGCGAGUCAGUACAGGAGAAGGCCGAGGUUGGCCGGACUGAGUUUCGGUGACUGGACUAGCUUUGGAGGGGAGGUACCUGGUCUGGUGGACAUGGCGCCAGGCCGGGAUCAGGGCGGAGGGGCGGGUGGGGGUGGGGGAGGCGGCAAGGGCACCACGUCGUUGUUCAUCCUUUCGGAGGAUAACUGCAUAAGGAAGCAUACCCGCUUCAUAAUCGAGUGGCCGCCCUUCGAGUACGCCGUCCUGCUCACCAUCAUCGCCAAUUGCGUGGUCCUCGCCCUCGAGGAGCACCUGCCCAAGCAGGACAAAACCAUACUCGCACAGAAGCUCGAGGCCACCGAAAUCUAUUUCCUCGGGAUCUUCUGCGUCGAGGCGAGCCUCAAGAUCCUCGCCCUUGGCUUCGUCCUCCACCGUGGCUCCUAUUUGCGCAACAUCUGGAACAUCAUGGAUUUCUUCGUCGUGGUGACCGGGUUCAUCACGGCGUUCUCGCAAGGCAUAGAACUGGAUAUGGAUCUGCGCACGUUGCGUGCGAUACGCGUGUUGCGACCGCUCAAACUUGUCUCCGGCAUACCGAGUCUCCAGGUGGUGCUCAAGUCUAUUAUCAAGGCAAUGGCGCCGCUUCUGCAGAUCGGCCUGCUGGUACUUUUCGCCAUCGUGAUAUUCGCCAUCAUCGGCCUCGAAUUCUAUUCGGGGACCCUGCAUAAAACGUGUUACAGCAUCAGGGAUAUCAAUGUAAUCGUGAAGGAGGGCGAACAGGCGAGCCCGUGUAACACGGACAACAAAUCCGAGGCGCCAUUCGGGGCCCACGUGUGCGACGCGAACAUCUCGACGUGCAUGGAUCACUGGGAGGGACCAAACUUCGGCAUCACCAGCUUCGACAACAUCGGAUUCGCCAUGCUCACUGUCUUCCAGUGCAUCACUAUGGAGGGCUGGACUGCCAUAUUGUACUGGACAAACGACGCUCUUGGCAGCACGUACAACUGGAUUUACUUUAUACCAUUGAUCGUCCUUGGCUCAUUCUUCAUGCUGAACUUAGUUCUCGGUGUUCUGAGCGGAGAGUUUGCGAAGGAGAGAGAAAAGGUGGAGAACCGGCAGUCCUUCCUCAAAUUGCGAAGACAGCAGCAGCUCGAGCAUGAACUGUACUGUUACCUGAAUUGGAUCUGCAAAGCAGAGGAGGUAAUACUCGCGGAAGAAAGGACCACAGAAGAGGAGAAGAAGCACAUAUUAGAAGGAAGAAAAAGAGCCGAGGCGAAGAAGAAGAAGCUCGGCAAAAGCAAAAGUACGGACACGGAGGAAGAGGAAGGCGAUGACGACCAGGAUGACGGGUUUUCAAGAUCCUCCUCGACGAAGGAAAAGGGACCUUGCAAGCAGUUCUGGCUGGCCGAGAAAAGAUUCAGGUACUGGAUUCGAAAAUCCGUGAAAUCGCAAAAAUUCUACUGGUUCGUCAUCGUUCUCGUGUUCUUCAACACUGUCUGCGUGGCCGUGGAGCAUUACGGUCAGCCCCAAUGGCUGACCGAUUUCCUCUACUUCGCAGAGUUCGUGUUCCUGGCUCUGUUCAUGUUGGAGAUGUUCAUCAAGGUGUACGCGCUCGGCCCUCGCACAUACUUCGACUCGAGCUUCAAUCGUUUCGACUGCGUGGUCAUCUCGGGAUCGAUCUUCGAAGUGAUCUGGUCCGAGGUGAAGUCCGGCUCUUUCGGCCUCUCCGUCCUACGUGCCCUUAGACUCCUGCGAAUUUUUAAGGUCACCAAAUACUGGAAGAGCCUGAGAAACCUCGUAAUAUCGCUGCUCAGCUCGAUGCGUAGCAUCAUCUCCCUGCUCUUCCUGCUCUUCCUCUUCAUUCUCAUAUUCGCGCUGCUCGGUAUGCAGCUGUUCGGCGGCCAAUUCAACUUCGAUUCAGGCACGCCGCCCACCAACUUCAACACCUUUCCCAUCGCGCUGCUCACUGUCUUCCAAAUCCUGACCGGAGAAGAUUGGAACGAAGUGAUGUACCAGGGUAUAGAAUCGCAAGGUGGUCACAAGAAGGGCAUGAUCUACUCGCUCUACUUCAUCGUGCUGGUGCUGUUCGGCAACUACACACUGCUGAACGUGUUCUUGGCUAUCGCCGUCGACAAUCUGGCAAACGCACAAGAGCUGAGCGCCGCCGAGAACGAGGAGGAAGAGGAGGACAAGCAGAAGCAGGCGCAGGAGAUCGAGAAAGAGAUCCAAUCCCUGCAGAAUCCAAAAGACGGUGGCGCGCCAAAGGUAGAAAUCUGCCCUCCGAGUCCGAACCAGAAUUUCAAAGACGGUAAAGGUGGAAAACAGUCAUCCGAAGAAGAGAAAAAGCAGGAUGAAGACGAUGACACGGGACCAAAACCAAUGCUGCCAUACUCCUCCAUGUUUAUACUGUCCCCUACGAAUCCAGUAAGAAGAGCCGCCCAUUGGGUCGUCAACCUGAGGUACUUCGACUUCUUCAUAAUGGUGGUGAUAUCGCUGUCGAGUAUCGCGUUGGCCGCCGAAGAUCCCGUAUGGGAGGACUCGCCGAGGAACGAAGUUCUCAAUUACUUCGAUUACGCGUUCACAGGUGUCUUCACCGUCGAGAUGAUACUGAAGAUAAUCGAUCUCGGUAUCAUACUUCAUCCGGGCUCGUAUCUGCGCGAGUUCUGGAACAUUAUGGACGCGGUUGUUGUGAUAUGCGCCGCGGUUUCGUUCGCCUUCGACAUGACGGGCAGCUCGGCCGGACAAAACCUCUCCACGAUCAAGUCGUUGAGGGUGCUCCGCGUGCUCAGGCCGUUAAAGACGAUCAAGAGGGUGCCGAAGCUGAAGGCGGUUUUCGACUGCGUGGUGAACAGUCUUAAAAAUGUCAUUAACAUUCUCAUAGUGUACAUAUUGUUCCAAUUCAUAUUCGCUGUGAUCGCGGUGCAGCUGUUCAACGGCAAGUUCUUCUACUGCAGCGACGAGAGCAAAUAUACGCAACAGGAUUGCCAGGGUCAAUAUUUCGUUUUCGAAGACGGUGCCCUGUUGCCAGAGCCAAAGAAACGUGAAUGGCAGUCGCAGUUUUUUCACUACGACAACGUGAUGGCCGCCAUGCUUACGCUGUUCGCGGUGCAGACCGGCGAGGGUUGGCCCCAAAUCCUGCAGAAUUCUAUGGCGGCCACGUACGAGGACAAGGGCCCCAUACAGAAUUUUCGUAUAGAGAUGUCCAUUUUCUACAUCGUCUACUUCAUCGUAUUUCCAUUCUUCUUCGUCAACAUCUUCGUGGCCUUGAUUAUCAUCACUUUCCAGGAGCAGGGAGAGGCUGAAUUGCAAGACGGUGAAAUCGACAAAAAUCAGAAAUCUUGCAUAGACUUCACGAUACAAGCUCGUCCUCUGGAAAGGUACAUGCCGAAAGAGCGGAACAGCGUAAAGUACAAAAUCUGGAGAAUAGUGGUAUCGACGCCUUUCGAAUAUUUUAUCAUGGGUCUCAUCGUAUUAAACACAGUACUGCUCAUGAUGAAGUUCCAUCGGCAAAGCGACGCGUACAAGAACACGCUGAAGUACAUGAACAUGUGCUUCACGGGGAUGUUCACCGUCGAGUGCAUACUGAAGAUCGCCGCAUUCGGCGUGAGGAAUUUCUUCAAGGACGCCUGGAACACGUUCGACUUCAUCACGGUGAUCGGCAGCAUCGUGGACGCCCUCGUGAUCGAGUUCGGGGAGCGGUUUUCGAGUAUGCCCAGUGGCGGCCAACUAGGCGAAAAAAAGGAGAACUUUAUCAACGUCGGCUUCCUGAGGCUGUUUCGCGCAGCCAGGCUGAUCAAACUACUCAGGCAGGGUUACACGAUACGAAUUUUGCUCUGGACCUUUGUACAAUCUUUCAAAGCUCUGCCUUACGUUUGUCUCCUCAUAGCGAUGUUGUUUUUCAUCUACGCGAUCAUCGGUAUGCAGGUCUUUGGAAAUAUAUCGAACGAUCCAGGAACAGCGAUCGAUGAUCACAACAACUUUCAGUCCUUCUUCGCUGGUCUUAUGUUGCUUUUUCGGUGUGCUACUGGCGAGGCAUGGCCGAACAUAAUGCUGUCCUGCGUGAAGGGUCGUCCUUGCGACGCGAAAGCCGGCAAACAGGAUGGCGGCUGUGGCUCGAACAUAGCGUACGCCUAUUUCGUCUCGUUCAUCUUCUUCUGUUCGUUCCUGAUGCUGAAUCUGUUCGUCGCCGUUAUCAUGGACAAUUUCGAUUACCUGACGAGGGACUCGUCCAUACUUGGCGCCCACCACUUGGACGAGUUCGUCCGUAUAUGGGCCGAAUACGACCCAAACGCGACCGGCAAGAUCCAUUACACGGAGAUGUACGACAUGCUGAAGAACAUGGAUCCGCCGUUGGGGUUUGGAAACAAAUGUCCGAACAGGCUUGCCUACAAGAAGCUUAUCAGGAUGAACAUGCCGGUGGACGUCGACUUGAAGGUGAACUUCACCACCACUUUGUUCGCCCUGAUCCGCGAGAAUCUCAAUAUAAAAGUGAGAAGAGCCUCCGAGAGAAACCAAGCGAACGAGGAGCUAAGAGACACGAUCAGAAGUAUUUGGCCUCUGCAGGCGAAAAAGAUGUUGGACCUUUUGAUACCUAGGAACGAAGAAAUAGGCAGAGGUAAGAUGACCGUUGGUAAGAUAUACGUCUGCCUUCUGAUACUCGAAAGUUGGAGGACGACUAGGUUUGGUCAGAUAGAAUCAGCCGGACAGAACGAUAACGAUCUUAUCGAUAACGAUAAUGCUGGGCAAAGUCCUGCAGCCCAGGCGCAAGCCUUCCUCAACUGCAUACUGGACGUGACGGCGGUAAAUCAUACCGGAAAUAAUCACGGGGCUGGAAGUAGGGCGAACAGCCUCGAACACGUGGUACGGCCAACGCCUGAAACGAAGCUCGAUCAGCACAAGGAGCACAGGGAGGAAGACGACGAGCAUAGACGUCAACGUAGCAUCAGAAAUAAAAAGGUGAACUGGAAGAUGUCCCACCAGUACGAUAUACUAGGCAGCAGCGGAGAGAGUAGCCAGGGAGGGGGUGGGUCUGGGGUUGUACCCGUAGUUAAUGAUGAGGAUCGCGCCCCCGAGCUAGAGCCACUGCUGGCUGAGGUGCCCUCCCAGCAGGAUCAAAACUACUACUACCACCAUCACCAUCACGACCAAUACUACGAUACCGACAAUGAUCUAUACUAUGACCAUCACCACCACCACCACCACCAUCACCAUCACCAUCAUCAUCAUGCUCACCGACCACCCUCGUACUAUCAACACCAGAAUACCUACGCACCUCGCUCCUCGAUCCGUUACCACAAGAUGGAGCUUCAGGACGUCGUGGUUAGCGACUCGCGUGCCGGUAGCCUCGAGAGUCUCACCCAUACUGGCAAAAGACUUCAUCCACCUGUGCAGCCAGUUAGACACCCAUCGCGUUCACCGAGUCUAAGGAGGCACUCGCCAGGGCGACCUGGAUACGAUCAUCACGGUCAUUAUUACCACGAAGGACCAGGGUUUAGCGAUACGGUUAGCAACGUCGUCGAGAUUCAGAGACACACGCAUCAUCCCCAUCCGUCACAGUACAAUCAUCGGCACAGGAUGCGAGACUAUUACGACCACUGCGACUAUUACGACGAUGGUCCGUGGAGCGCUUCGACGAGCCCAGCGAGGACGCCGAGUCCGAUACACCACAUCGACCGUGGCCGCCAUUACGGGACGACCAGUUUGGAGCAACGUUCGAGGAGUCCAAGCCCGAUCGGUGGUCGCCAGCCGCCCCACACUCACCAGCACUAUCAUCGGCAUCAUCCCCAUCAGCACAGUUACCCGGUGCUGGUGACGAGGCGUGGGCGUGGCCGUCGAUUACCCCCAACCCCCAACAAACCCUCGACGCUUCAGCUCAAACCGGCGAACAUCAAUUUCCCGAAAUUGAACGCGUCGCCUACCCACGGCUCGCACAUACACGUGCCGAUCCCAGCCGGUAUGCAGCAUCCGCCACCCGGCCAGCAUCUGCCUCCCAUGCAACCGAGCCACUGCCCCCUAAGCUUCGAGCAAGCGGUGGCGAUGGGUCGGGGUGGCCGCCUAUUGCCAAGCCCUGUGCCCAACGGCUACAAACCGCAGCCACAGGCCAAGCAGAGGACACCAAGGUCGAGACACUCGGACAGCGACGAAGACGACUGGUGCUAGCCAAAGUGGGACCCUGGACGGUGGUCCGGUGACGUGGACGCCCCCAGGCGUCUUAGGGUUUGCGCGUGAAUUCUUCCACAUUGGGAGGCGCAUCGAUUAUUAAACCGUGAAAACGCAAGUGCGACUCGACCGGCUUGGUGGAACUCGGGAGAACUAUCCGUCUGAAAAUGAUUGUCUGUGAUGCCGCAAGUGAGAGACGGGACAGGUGUUGCGCGACAAGGAAGAAACUUAUCCUCGAUGUCGAAGAUAGAAUGGUAGGAAGGCGGGGAUUUGGCGGGAACACCUGUACGCAUCUCGAAGAAGAAGGGAAGAGCGUUCGAGAUUCGGUUAGUAGGAACCGUUAGUCUCUCGAAAUGCGGGAGAAACGGGACAGGCAAAGGAUUCACAGAGAGAUAUUUCGCGAUUGAAACGAAAGAGAACAUCGGAUGAUCGUUACAGGGACAACAAGCAACAUACGUAUGUGUAUAUAUAUACAUAUACAUAUACAUAUAUAUGUACAUAUAUACAUAUACACAUAUAUAUAUAUAUAAAGAAAACGAGCAGUCGUCACGGUGGUCGUCAUCGAAACCAGACUUACUGUGUGCCACGACGUAAACGCGACGAUCGUCGAUUUAAACGCGCAAAACAGAGAGAAAAAAGGAAAGAAAAGAAGAGAAAACGAGAAAAGAGGAAACACAUCGCGAAAAAGUCCAAGUGUCGUCGAAUUGUACAUACUUCGGAACUUUCCGGAAAUAAUUUUCUUUCGUCUCUUGAACUUCGAAGCUUUCUUCGCUGUGCUUUUUAAUCGAUCGGACCGAGCCGAGGAGGAGGAGGAGGAGGAGGAGGAGGAUCCACCAUUUUUAUACGAUGAAUUAAUUAAACACGGGGGGAAACGCUCUCCGCGCGAAUCUAUCACAAUUUUUUCACAGCUCGAUAUCUACGAACACCAGGGGAACGGUUUGGGCUUAACUCGGCAGCGCCCUCUCUGCUCGAAGCGGCACCGAUCCUUUGGGAGGACGCCCGUCUUAUGGCAUCGCGUGACCCGCCAUCCCAAGUUUUGCCAACGAAACGUCAUCUCCUCUCGAUUUCUCCGUGCAAGGAUGCGCCAACUCGAACUCUCGAAAUUCGUCGAGGAAGGUUAUCUCGUCGUAAUCUGAGAGAAAAUUGAACUGGAAAAAAUAUAUAUAUAUAUAUAUACGAAUUUUCUCUGACGAGUAAAGCGUUUCGUGCGAAAUUUGGACAAAUGAUGUAUAAUAAUAAUAAUAAUAAUGAUAAUAUUAAUAAUAAUAAUAAUAAUAAUAAUAAUAAUAUAAUAAUAUAAUAAUAUAAUAAUAAUAAUAAUAAUAAUAAUAACAUUGUCAGUAAGAAAGGGGGGAGAAAAAAGGGCACCGUUUCGAUACGUUCGAUGCGAUAUCACAAUGAUUCUUUUAUUCGUCACUGUUCGCACGGAGUUUUCGUCCGAUCUCGCUCAGAAAAUAAUAUAUAUAUAUGUGUGUGUGUAUACAUAUAUAUGUAUAUAUAUAUAUAUAUACUUAUAUAUAUAUUUAUAUAUAUAUAUAUAUAUAUAGUUGCAGUAGCAUUCGAUUUAUUAACCGAACGAGUAGAGGGUCUCUCGAUCGAACUUAUCGAAAUUUCUUCAAGCUCCGUUUUUUCUACUCCGUGUAAACGAAAUCGAAUUCGCGAGAAAAUUGCGACAAGAAUUGCGGCUACGCAACGAAAAAAAAAAAAUAAUCCUCUCGAUGAUUUUGGUAGUCGUGGUUUUUGCGCCGGUACGCAAAAACUUUUUCUCUCUCUUUAGAGUUUUCUUUCGCGGGGGAAAAAAAAAAGAAAAAGAAAAAAUCUUCACGACCAGCCGUUAAAGAACCGUUAAAGAAAAAGAAAAAGAAAAAAAAAUGAAAAACGAACACGUUCACCCUGUUAAAAAAAGAAAAAAAAAUAUAUCGAACAAUGAGGGAGAAAAAUACCGUAUUAUUAAAUUAUUAUAUAUAAAAUAAUCGGUCGUCUCCGCAGAUAGAGAGGGGUAACUAAUUAAAAUGAUAUAUAUAUAUAUAUAAAAAAAAAAAAGAUACUCGAAGAUAAACGUGCUAAACGAUACAUCGAACUAAAUACGUAGGAAUUUUUACUAAAUCGUCAAGAUCAUUUCGAUUCUCUUCUACUACCGUAAGAAAAGUAUUCGCGACUCUACACUUGCUGCUUCGUCGCGAUCCAUCGAUCCCUCCGUUUUGAAAAAAACGCUUAAAAUAACGGAGAAAACACACGUGUGCGCAUUGCAUCGACAUCCAGCGAACGAUUUUACCCGCGAGAAGAAAAAAAAAAAAAGAAAGAAAGGAUUUCGACCAACGUCGAAUUCUAGCAAUAGCGGUGUCGUUGUUCCGUAUUCUCGCAGCUCGUGCCAAUAAAUGAAAAGGAAGGAAGAACGAGGAAAGACUAAAUGUAUCGUUGAAAGAAGGAGAGAGAGAGAGAGAAAAAAUGAGAAUGAGAAUGAGAAUGAGAACGAAGACAAAAACGAAGAAAUAAUAAUGAAGAGAGAAUCUGUUCGAAAAAGGAAACGAGCACGUGUAAAUUAUCGCAUAACUUUGACUUGGAAGAAAAAAAAAAAAGAAACAAAUCACUUUACCAUCACUGCUACUAUUGAUCCACCAACUACGUGAGAGGAAAACUAUUCACAUUAUUAUUAUUACUGCUACUACUGUAACUACUACGGCUACUACUGUUACUUACUAAUACUAUCACUAUUAUCGCUAUUACUAUUACUGUUACAAUUUAUUACCGCCAUCGAUGCUACUAUACUACUAUUAUUACUAUUUACUACUGCAAUUACUAUUACCAUUGUUACUAAAUACUAUUGACAUCACCAAAAAACACCGCCACCUCUUCUGUCGCUGCUACUAUUGCUAUCGCUACUACAACUAUCACUAUCACUAUUACUACAACUACUACUAUCACCACUACUUACUAUCACUACUACUAUUACUAUUACUACUACUGUUACUACUACUAUUGCUGCUACUACUAUUACUGCUAUUAUUACUGCUACUGCUACUACUACUACUAUUACUUACUGUUAUUUACUACUACUAUUACUACUACUACUACUAAUACUACUACUAUUACUAUUACUAUUACUACUACUACUACUACUACUACUACUACUAUUACUACUACUACUAUUACCGCUGCUAUUACUAACUACAACUAUUAUUAUUACGAUUACUAUUACGGAUAGCUAUUAUUAUUAUUACUACUUUUACUAAUGCUACGAAUACUGAAACAUUUUAUUAAAUUAAAACAUUGCUAGUACCGUUGUUACUAUCAUUAAAAAGGAAAAAAAAAAACGUACAUAAUGUUUAUACGUCAUAAUUCGUCAUUCGUAGAGCCACGACGAUGGAAAGGAUCCAUCGAUCCAAUUCGAUUUAUCGACAGUCGCACGUAUACACGACGUACAAAUGCAUCGAGAAGAAGAAAAAAAAAGAAAAGAGUAACAGAAACGAACGAACGAACGAACGAACAAACGAAAUUCAUUCAUUUCGAAAUCCCAUGAUGCGCUUAGAUAAAGCAAAAAAAAAACAAAAAAAGAAAGAAAAAGAGAAAAAAAAUAAUCAUCGGAACAAACAUACAUACAUACAUACAUUACAUAUACACGCAUACGCAUAUGUUACGUAUAAAAGAGACACAAAAACGAUCGCUAAAUAAGCGCGCGCGAGUAGCCGAAUCGGGAUUAUGUAAAUUAAAUAGAAAAACAAAAUAUUUAAGAAAAAAAAAAACACAAAAAAAACGGGAAAACAGAAGGGAAAAAGAAGAACACAUACUGUAACAUACUGCCAAUCGUACGGAAUGUAUCAAGCGGAAACACUCACGAGAUACAUGAAUGUAUAUAUAUAUAUAUAUAAAAGAAAAAAAAUAACAUGCGUACUUUUUUUCGCAGCACGUAUACACAAGCAUCUAUGCGUAGAUAGAUGUAAAUAAAUUAAAUACGUCGAAGGUGGUAAGAUAGAAACGGAGAGAAAGGGGAUACGCGUGAUUGUGAACGAGAGCAGUAUGAAUGGGAGUAUAUAGAGAAAAUUUCGAGAGAAUUAGAAGAAGAAGAAGAAAUAAAUAUAAAAAGACGAUUUAAAGAUCAUUUUUUCAAAAUAUACCACUUCACGCUUGUUUGCGUAAUCUGCGUGCGUGGAUUUCGACUGAACACAUGUGUAACUACCGUAGUUUAUCUACAUUUAAUUAAAUGUAAGUAUCUAACGAUCGAGAAGAACGAGAGAAAGAGAGUGAAAGAUUAGAGAGAGAGAGAGAGUGAGAGAGAGAAAGAAAGAGAGAAAGAGGAAAAAAAGAUACAUGUGUCGACAAUAUGCGGAUGCUUUUCGUGAUAUCGAGGUUCUCGGUGAUCGAACAUCUUCGUUUUCCAUUGGAUUCCACAUAGUGUUUCGAUGUUAAUCCAUUUGAGAGUAAUUGAAACUCUGGCGAAUCGUUCUUCUAAUAUUUUUCAUUAAUGAACAUUAGGCUGAGAAAUUGAUUUUGACGUAAUGUCUGUUUUUGAAAAAUACUCUCGAGAAUAGCUAAAGUUUCGCUUUCAAAUAGAAGAACAUCUUUUUUAGUUCUUCUUUUUUUUUUUUUUCUUUCAUUUUUCUUAUUUUCUUUCCUUGUGUGAUGUCUGUUCUAUUUCAAUUUCGCGGUAAAAUAAUUGGUCGGUAAAAAAAUCUCACAAAAGUCGAUAAAAUAAACGUCGAUAAAAAAAUUGGAAAGAAGAGAUCGAUUAUAUACCGAUCGAAAAUGUCGACGAUUGAAAAAUUGACGUCAUGGUGACAUCAUAAAGCGCCGAAAAAAGUGCCAUUACGGUAAAAUGAGGAGAAAGCAAAAUGACAUAUACGUAUAUUAAAAAAAAAAGGAAUAAAAAAAAAAUUAUUCAAAGCAUCGAGAAUCUCGCGAGUGUGAGUAUUAUUAUGUGCAGUCGAUGCUGAGCGUGAUUUUUUCCCUUAAGUGCUUUAUAAAACUCAAUCGUAUUUCGUAUCAUCGCGUUUAAACGUCGCUGUAAAGAGAAUGCAUAAAUAUAAUAAUGAAAAAAAAAAAAAGGAUAAAAAAAGAAAAAACAGACGAAUGCGUGAGAAUUUGAGAUAUACUCGGACAUGCCAACGUUUACAUUCCUCGAAUAGGAUUUCAGAAACGAAAGAUCUAACAUUUCCGCUUUCGUUUUUUUACUGUGAGAUAAGUAUUUCGUUUCUUCGUUGUUUUUCUUUAUAUAUUUCGUUAUAAGAAAAAGAUUUUAAUUUGUAAAAAUUUUUAUUUAUUUUUUUUUGUAUAUUUUAUAAUGUUGAAUAUUUCAUUUAAAUUUAUUUCCUAAUUUGUUCAAAUUCUUUUUUAUUUUUGUAAAUUUAAAAUUGAUAUUUUUGAGUCUCUAAUAAAUUACAUAAAUCAUUUAAAUAAUAAUUGUAAAAACUUUUAUUUAUUUUUAUUAUUAUUAUUCCUGCUUCUAUUUCGUACGAUUUAUUUAUAUUAUUCAACAUAAACGAUUUUAUACGAAUAAUAAAAUAAAUAAAUCAUCGCAUAUAGCUCUAAUUCAAAAAAGAAUUUUAAAAAUUACUUAUCAUUUACGUAAUAAAAUAUAAUCGUACAUAAUACGUUACAAUUACGUCUAUUGUUUAAAAAAAAAAAAACCAUCGAAUCUCGAAAAGUAUUAGAAAACGUGUAUAUAUAAAAAACGGUACGCGCGGGUUAAAUAAAUAAAAAAAAAAAAAGAGGGAAAUAUUAUUAAAACUGUUUUUCUGUGAUAAAUCCAAAGAAUCUAGACAGAUCGACGGUACCGUCGCGUCGAUAGACAAUUUUCUAGCCUCAAAAUGCGUUUGUACCAAAUGUCGAGUAAGAAAGAAUGAGACGAUGAAAGAGAGAGCGAGAGAGAGAGAGAGAGAAUUUGAAAGCAAGCAAAAAUGCGAGAACGGAGAGAAAGAGAAGUGACGAACGAGAGUUAAUGCGAAAGGAAGUGAAAGGGUGAAAGGAUCGACUGCCGAGGGUUCGUUUUAAGAAAAGAGGAGAGACGAAAAAGUAAAUCGUGUAAAUCAUUUUUCGUAUGCGUGUGGGAGCGAGAUGCAAGUCGAAAUCUUCAAAAACUUUAAAUACAAAAAACUCUUUAGCGUCGUAAAGGCAAGCAUAUGACCAAGCUCUUAACGAUGAUUUAAGCGUAAAAAGAAAAAAAAGAAACGACAAACACUUAAAUAUAAAUAUAAAUAUAAUUAUAAAUAUAAAUAUAAAUAUAAAUAUAAAUAUAAAUAUAUAUAUAUAUAUAUAUUUAUAUAUAUAUAUAGUUCUGUAAUUCAAGGAUGUACGUAUAAAUAUAUAUGUAAGUAAUAAAUAUACAUAUAUAUAUAUAAAUAAUUAAUAAUUAAAUUAAACUUUGAACGCGCUAUAAAUCUUUUGAACGCGAGUGAAACUACGAUGCAAAAAUUAAUGUUAAGGAGGAGAUGAUUAAUAAACGAUAAUAAAAAAAAACAUAGUAAUAACGAUAAAGCUGAUAAUAUUGAUAUGACGAAUAUUGAGAAACGACAUAAUUAUACAAACGAUAAACCAGAAGGUUACGAGACGUGUUACGAUUUACGGAAAACGUUUCUCGAUCCCCGUCUCGCGGUGUACGAAAAAUCUCGCUUUUUUGAAAGGAUAAAAAAAAGGAGGAGAGAGAUCUAUGACAGCGUGUUCUAUGUAAUAAUGAAACGAGAGGAGUAUGCGCGAACAACGAUGCUGAUCGGCAAUUGGAAUGGAAACAGCGAUAUUCGUAUCGUUGAGGAAUAUCUAAUAUCCGAGGAGGAUCUGCAAAAAUUUUGAUACCACAUUUUAACGUUUCACGGAAGAAUCACGUGUAAAUCACGAGGAUAUCUAGAUAGAAUCAGUAACCGCCAAUAACGCAAAUAACGAGUCCAAAUAGAUGUUAAAAAGCCAGUGGAAUUUUUCCAAUUUAUCCUUCUACUUUGCAUUCCGCAAAAUUCACCUAAUCGUAGUAGUUUCAGCUUUCCAGGGGGAGGGUAUAUAAGUUUUCAAAGGAUACAUUUAGCGAGCGUGUUAGAAGUUGGAGUUUAAUCGCGAAACGUUUGCUAUUUACUAGUAGGUAUCUAGUAACACCCAGAAUUAAAACUCAUGAAUCCUUGUCUCCGCACGACAUUUGGAUUUGGCGCGAAACUCUUCCGUGAAUCGUUACGAUCCUCGAGAAAAUCCUCGAAAAUCGCAUGGCACAACGAGAAAUAUAAAAUGAUACGAUCGUUAAUCGGAUGAUGAUGAUGAUGAUGAUAAGAAGAGGAAAGAGAUAAAAAGAAUGGGAAACAGAGAAAUAACGAAAUAGAGGGAAGGAAGAAAGGAGGAAAGACGUACGUUGGUGUGAACACACGUUGCAUGAUAAUAGAGGCCGUGAUCUCGACUCGAGUUCGACGGUUAAACAAAACGAAAAAGGAAAAGACACUUCUCGGCUCGUUCGUAGAAAGUACGUAAUAAUUAAAAAUAAAUAAUUAAAUAAAGAAGAAGAAGAAGAAGGAAAAAAACAGAAACUACAGUGUAAUAAUACGAACUCGCUACCGGAUUAUGAAUUUCCAUCGGUUCUAGGCAGCAGAGACUUUGAAAAAUCAUUUGGUCGAUCGUCAAGCAUAAAUAAUCCAUGAACGAUUUCAUUAAUUGCAUUUAUUUAAUAAGCGAACAAACAUAUGCAUAUAUAUAUAUAUAUAUACAUAUAUAUAUUAAUUGACAAUGAUUUGAAUGAUUUCAAAUGAGAAUAACACAUAAAAAACGUUAACGAUUAAGAGUUUUUCUACUUAUCCAUACAUACAUAUAUAUAUAUAUAUAUAUGUAUAUGUGUGUAUUUGGAUGUGUGUUAUAUAUACGUACGUAUGUAUGUGUACGCAUACACACGUAUAUACGUGUACAUAUAAAUAAUACACAUAUAUAAAUAUGUAUACACGUAAAAGAGAUACACGUAUAAAAGCAUAUUAUAUAUAUAAAUAUAUAUAAAUAUAUAUAUAUAUAUAAUUAUAAUACAUGUAUAUGCAUAUAUAUAUAUAUAUAUAAAUAUAUACAUAUAGGUGGGUACGAACGAAUAAUGAAAGCGUAUAUUGACAUUAAAUGCCCUUAUCGAUAAUAAAUAAUCACGAGAAUGAGGAAAGAGGUAUAUAAAGAGAGAAGUAAUACUUCGUCGCUAGACCUCUCGGCUGUUGGACAAGCCGACGAGCUCCGUAGAGUUUCAUACUUUUGCAAAUAAUCGAAAUCUCGUCGAUCGACACUGCUACACUAUAUUAUUACACGUGCAGACAUACACACAAACACACGUACACAUACACAGAUCGAUCUCUCUAUGUAUAAAAAUAGGCGUAUAAAAUAUAACUUGAACGGUUAAGAAAAAAAAAAAGAAAAAAAAAAGAAAAAAAAGAGUUAACAUUGAUCCGAAUUCUUCGUUUCAUCACACAUACGUGCAGCAGCUACAGAGACUACAGAUCGAAGCAUACAGUAUUCAUUUCAAAAAAGCGACGGAUGUCAAUUUUUUUUCAGGUUUAUUACUCGAUUGAUUUCCGGUUUCGCGCUCUCAACUAAAAUCCGCGCAAAAUACGGCCGUCGAGUCGAGCGACCCUCUCUCUCUCUCGGACCUUUUGACUCUUUGGGAACCAUUAGGGAACGUUAAACCCAUGCGCCGCCAUGGGUAAUGCAAUACUGCCCUCCUUAGUUAACAUAACUGCCCGCCCUGCAAUGGAAUACCGGGGUCAUUCGUUAUAUUCCAAUACGAUACGAUCGUAUUUUCAUUCUCGCGACAUCGUUUUUUCGAAUGUCCAAUAAUGGAAAGUAGGUAUUCGAUGAUACCAGUGUAAACUUUUCUCGCGUGAAUUUCUUCGUAUGUGGAAAGACCCUAGUGCGCCAUUCGAUGGAACGAAAGAAUAGUGUGCCGUUGCGCAGUAAAUGUGAGCGUAUAUCCUAUUUAAUAUAUACAUAUACACGAACAGAAGUUUCUAUCGUUUUCUUUUUGAUGUCCUUCUUAGAAGAAAUUGAGAAAUUAAAAUUGAAAUUCUAGAAAACUCUACGAAGCGCAAACUGCAAACUUUCCUUUAAGGACUUAAAGGACACGUGGAAGAUAUUUGAAUUUGUACACUUUGGAAAAUAAAGAGAUAAAUUUUGACUAAGGAGGGCAGCGUAAAAGGAAAAGAAAAAAAAGAAAAAGGGAAGAAAGGACAAAUCGCACGGUUCAUCGAUUUCUCGAUUUUAAACUCGUUUUUCUUUUCGCUAUUAAAAUCGCUGCUAAGCAACGACACACUUCGAUUUCCCCUCAAAGGGUUAAACGAGUGCGCGACCAUCGUGUUUGUUCGUCGAAUAUUAUUUCCUUCGAACUUUCUUGGCCGGAUGUCGCUCGACUAGACGGUCUCUGUACGAGGAUAUUAAAAAAAGAAGAAAAAAAAAGAAAAUACCAAAAAAAAAAAAAAGAAACGAAACGAUACUAUGUACAGAAAGAGCAUAUAAAUGUAUUUUCGAGGGAGCGAGAAAGCUUUGCGUAGCUCGUUGCGAGGUCGAAAGCAGGUAAUCUUUAUUGGAAUACCAAAAAAUGGCGGGUGAACGAUGGUAAAGAAAGGGAAAAUCGCGAUAAAUCAUUAAAUAGUAACAAGAGUUGCCUUAAUAUUACACGUUCACGAAACUAGGAUACGAAAAAAAAAGAAAAAAAAAAAGAAAAACGAACAAAAAGAAACUGGAAGAGGAGAAAACUCUUUUGGUCGAAACGUCACGGCGACACGCGAGAGAUAAAACACGGCCGGUCACGAAUGACGUUUCCUUUCGGUCGAAGAAUCAAUCAUUAUCGUGAAUGAUUUUCUAACGAGAAAUAAUAAAAAAUUUUUCUUCGAUCUAUUAUAAUAACGUAUAAUGUUUCGAUUUGUUCGUCGAAUAACAAUAGCGUAAUUUUCUUCCGAUUUGUAUGAGGCAGCUUCCUUGCAAACGUGGAUCGCGAUCGGUUAUCACAUAUAUAUAUAUAUCGCUUGUAAGAAAACUUACGGUGCGCUAUUGCUCGCAAACGAACUCAAAUUCUGUUUCCCCUGCACCUUUUUUCGCACCACGCUUGUCCAUCCGUAUCGUUCGUCCAUUUUCUUUUCAUCGUGGACAAACAGGGCUACAUUUCGCGUCAAUACAGUUGGCGAACAAUAGCGUAUCGACGUGGUGUCAGAAAUCGAAAAAGGAAGCUGGGAAGAGAGAGAGAAAAGAGAGAGAUAUAGAGAGAAAAAAAAAGAACGGAUCGAGGAGAAAUUGAUACAGAGGAAAGGCAAAGCGAACAAUGGCUGGCUGUGUACAAUGGGCGGCGCGCAAUGAGUUUUCGGGAUACGAAAAAAUGAGUGCGCGAAAGAGCGUGAGAACUCUGAACUAGCGAUGAGAAAUUGGCAAUGAAUGGCAGACUGAGAAAUGAGAGAACGAACGAGAAUGCUUGCGUGUGUGCCUGCGUGCAAGCGGGAGAGGAAACAAAUAUAACGCGACGAGGGGGAAGGAGAAAACCUAGCGAAGAAACGCGAAAAAUCUGUAAACGUUUAAAUAGUCGCGUGUACCAUUGUUAUUAAAAGAAAAAAAAAAAAAGAAAAACGACAUUAUGUAAAGGGGAAGGGAAAAGAAGUAAAAAAAAAAAACCAUUGAAAGCUUUAACUUUGACUAAACUAACUUUAAAAAAAAGGGUAUAUAGCGAUAUAAUAAUAGCAGUGAGUGCUGCUAACCAGUUGUGUGAAUGGCGGACGAUUGGCGGAUUGAUUCUGCGCGAAAUCAUUACCGACGAUCGAUAAAAAUGCGUUCAUAUAUAUAUAUGAUGUAUACAGGUAUAUAUGUAUGUAUAUAUACACAGAAUAUAUAUAUAUAUAGUUUAAUCUACCUCGAUGUAAUACACUCGUGUUGGCAAGCAUCGAAAUAUCCAGUUCUUUCUUUACGAUUUCGCGGAUAUAUAUAUAUCUGUUUCGCGCAAUAUCCCGCCAAUCUUCGCGUUAUUGUAAACUUACUGUAUAUUACUUAUACAUAUAUACAUAUAUAUAUAUAUAUAUAUGUAUAUAUAUAUAUACAUAGAUGUGUGCAUAUGUGAAAAUGCAAAGGAACACUUGUUUUUCUCAAAGAAAGCAGAUCGAGUGCAGAUUGUACCUUUAUACGUAUUUCAUUGUUCGCGUGCAUCGUUCGCGUCGCGUCGAGAACACGGACGACGAUUGGCCAAAAUGUAUAAAUGAAAUCGAACGUUUGUCGAAUGGGGAACCAGUCCUUCUUUAUCGAUCAAAACGACAUUUUUAUCGAUGAAAAAAAAAAAAAAAAAGAAACAUUGGAGGAAACGUAUUUCUUAAGAAGCGCGUUUACGAAUAAUAAUGUUCAUAACCAUUCACGACUGACGGACGAAUUUCUUCUCGUAGAUAAAAAAGAGAAAAAAAAAAAAGACGCUUCAGUUUCUCGUGUUCGUCGUGACGCGAACAUUCAAUUGUAUCAUUUCUCUUCUUUAAAUGAAAAAUAAGUAUUCUAUGUGUGUGAAUGUAUCUGCCAGUGAGAAAACUCUCGUAUGUUAAAAGAAAAAAAAAAAAAAGAAAACAAAACGAAAAAAAAAAAAAGAGAAAACAAAAGAGAAAAUAACGAAACGAUAAACUUGAUUAUUCUUUGAAUCUACGAAAAAUGAUCGAUUCGGUGUCGAGCAUGAAUGUGCGAAUGAAAGUACGAAGAAAGAAAGCGCGCGAGAGAGAAAGAAUGAUAAUGAAGACGUAAACAUGCAUUACUACUUAUGUAUUAUGCAGUAAACGAGAGAGAAGAUACCUACCUUAUAUAUAUAUAUAUAAAUAUUAUAUAUAUACAUAGCUAGUUCAAUUUGCAAAUUAGUGUGUAUCGUCGCUUCGAAAUGCCCAGUCAUUACUCGCCAGAAUCCAAAAACCCAACAACCAAUUUCAAGUUCAUUCUUUUUUUAAGGAAAAAACCAAUAAAAUAAUGUGUUAAAAUAUUUCAA